GCUCCCCGCUGAGUUGGUGAAAAUGUGGCCGAAAGCCUUGAUGGAGCAUGGCCAUUGUCGUUGGUUGCACUAGUAGCAGCAGAUAGGGCGAGCGAGUGAGACAGAGCGUGGUUGAGCAACAAGCUUAUAUCUUUUUCUGACUCUCGUACAAAUCGAGUGUCGAUCGAUUGCUUGUCGCCGCUUCCCCAGAAGGAUCAGCGUUGGAUCCAUGCAUGACACGCAUCUGCACAAGUCCUGUGCCGACAAAAGGUCGUACUGUAUCAUCGCCUUGGACAAGAGCAAGUCAUCUCUCGUCUCGUGUCUCUCCCCCUCUCGUUCGGCGCCCUUCCGGGGCUCGCUCUCGCUCCCAGAAGCACCGAGUUUUUGGCCAGCGGGAUGCGCUUGGCGCUCUGGUGCUUACGGCCUUGCUUACCCAAUCCAGUGACCGGAGACACUUGCAGGGCCCAGCGCUGGGCUCAUACCAGCAAGAGACGACGUUGAAGCAGGGUUUAAGAUUGGCGACAUGUCUCUGACCCUCUUUUAGCGUUCAAGCGUGAGGGGCUGGCGUCCGGGAGGCCCUGGGCGGCAUCUUAGUAACGUGGUGCUAGUACCACUUGGGU